ACGAAACGACCCAUGUGUUUUAGCCAUAAUGGCAGGCGAAUGCGGUAACAGUGAUGUAAUGAAGGCAAAGCUGGAUGCUGUAGAAGAUGUUAAAAUAGAUCCUUCUGGUCGUUUUAAAUAUAUUUUGAUAAAGCUGUAUAUUGGAGAUCAUACAAAGUACAUUGUCAGAGGUUUUAAAUGGGCAGAAUACCAUGCUGAUAUUUAUGAGAGAGAAGAAUCCAGUAUACUGCCUCUUGGUAUAGAAACUGAAUGUGUUGGUGGUGGUCGAAUACAACAUGAUGAUGGAGAUAAAAUUAUCUCAGUAUUUGGAUAUUCCAUGGGUUUUGGAAGAGCAGACCAUUCCAUUACUGUCGGCCUGUUACAAAAGAAAUACCCAGAUUAUGUAAAAAUAUCAUAUUCUAAUGAAGGAUAUUAAUGUCAUAAAAUAAUAUAAAAUAGAUUUACUGUCCAAACUUGCUUGCAAUAAAAGCAAAAUGCGAGGUGAUGGAACUUGCUAGAAAAACCUUCAUCACAAUAGGAGGACGUCUUCACCCUAAACCUGUACGAAAGACAAUAAUAUUAAUCAAUUGUAAUUUUAUAUUUAUAAACAAUUAUUGUAUUUGCACCUAGAAGGUUGUGUAAUGGUCUGUUAUUCUGAUUCUCUGUAUAUAAUGUUAUGUAACAGUAUGCUGUUUUUUUUGAUAAAUAAAAUUGCGAGGUGCAAUGCUUUAAA